CACUACAGGUAAUAUGACUUUAAUAAUGUAAGAACUUGCCCUCCAAAAACCUUUCAAUUUGAGUAACAAUACACAUUACAUCAUUACCUUUGACAUUUUUAGCAUAAUAAUCACUAUCUUGAAACUCCAGAGAGAAAAUAUAUUCUUCAAUGAUCUUUUGUUUUGAGAGUACUCCACAAAGUAAAAUAAGAAUUAACAAAACAUGUAACUGCAGGUUGUAAACGUUUCUUAUUGUCUACAUAUUUCUGCAUCAAAUUCAAAACUCGAGCAUGUCCAUAUAUAAAUGCACUUAUAAUCAUUGCUUUGUCUACAUUUUGUGCAAAUCUAUGUCACACAGGUACGGGUACGCGGACACGGCAAUUUUCAAAAUUUUAGGAUAUGCGGACACGGCGAAUUUUAUAUUUUUAAAAAAUAAAAAUGAUAAUAAAAUAAGAAAAACAUUAAACUAAUAAUUCACUCUUACAAUUUCAUAAGUCAUAAGAAAGAAAGUCUCAAACAAAACAUUGUUUAUCACAAAUGAGAACAUCCCCAAAUCGGCAAAUGCAAAACAAAAAAAAACCCAAAUGAAGCAUGAAACCCUAACUUCUAAUAUUGAAAAGAAAAAAAAAAACACUUACCUGUUUGUUGCCGGCUGCCUCCGGACACCACCGGAUGUCGCCGUGGAUCGCCGUACCUCGUCGCCGUUGCCAUCACCCGCCAUUGCUGAACUCUGCUUUCGCCUGUUACAAGUCGUCGAGGGUAAAGGUCGAGCGUGAAAGCGUAAAAAGAAAUCAAGGGUUAAAACUUAAAAAGAAUGUCGGGUUAGGAAAGUUGUUCGGAUUGGUUCUGACCCAGACCCGAUCCAAAACGUAUCCUGCCGUGUCAAGUGUCGGGAUCCGCUUGUCGGAGUGUCAACGCCGGUACAUGGCCCAUUUUUCCGUGUCCAUGUGACAUAGGUGCAAACAAUGUUGUACGUAUCGUACGAUACGACCCCGUAUCGUACGAUACGUAUCGUCUCGUUUGAAAAAAACGGUACGAUACACCCCCUGUAUCGUAAAAAGGGGGUGUAUCGGCCCUGUAUCGCACGUAUCGUACGAUACAGGGCCUGUAUCGUACGAUACGGGGCGAUACACCCCGUAUCGUACGAUACGGCCUAAAAACGCAAAAGGGGGCCGAGACCUACUUAUUCGGCUUCUUUUUCAAAUUUUUCUUCCGUUCUUCAUUUCUAACGCUUGGAUAGUGCCGUGAGGGAGGGCGAUCGUUCAUUUUCACCGUGAAAAACUUGAUUUUCAUCGUCAAAUCGAAGAUUAAGUGGUCGAUUUGUGCGUGGGUGCUUGAUUUUCGUGGGAAGGAAAGGGGUUUUCUUCAUUUCAGACAUUUCUUCUUCGUAAGGUAUGAAAUCUCAUGUUCUUACCAUGUAUUCUUAAUUUUUUACCGUAUAAUCGUAGAUUUGAAGACUUUGAGUGUUUUUCAUUAAGUUUACCAUAGGAUUUCGUUUUUUUUUUUGAAGAUAUGGAUCCUACAUGGCAAUGGUGCGAAAGGGUGAAGGAGAAUAACCGUUUGAAACUCAAAUGUGGCUUCUGUGGGAAUACACUUUCAGGAGGGAUUAUUAGAAUGAAACACCAUUUGGCAGAGACCUCCAAAGAUGCGUCUCCUUGUGUUGGAGGACCAAACAAACCUUUGCCUCCAUUUGUGCGUCAACAAUGUUUAGAUAUGCUUCAUGCUUUACGUCAAAAGAGAAUACAAAAAGAAAUUGAAGAUGCAGAUGUAGGCUAUAAUGUGCCUUUGGAAGAUGAAGAAGAAGAGGAAGAAGCUUAUGAAUGUGAUGAUGAAGACGAUAGCAGUCUAAGAACAGAUUUGGAGACCUCAAGAGGUAGAGAUCGUAGAGGAAAAGGGAUUAUGUAUGAAGGAGGUCGAUCUGGCAUAACGGGAAGGAAGAGGAGAGGCACAACAGAUGUUAGGGCCAGGCGUGGUAUGCGACCACCUAGUGGUAGAGUUCCUACUGGUAGGUUUAGUGUUGGCUCUAUUAAGAGUUUUUUUCCUUCAUAUACCAGCCCAGGUGGUCAGCCGCAGAUUCGUGCUGCUAUGACAUCUAAAGAUAUGCUAUAUCAUGCACAAAAGCAGGUAGGGAAAUGGUUUUAUGAUGCAUGUAUUCCAUUCAAUGCAGCUAAUUCUUUUCAAUUCCAAGCCAUGGCAGAUGCAAUUGCUUCUAUAGGCCCCGGAUUCAAAAUGCCAUCAUAUCAUCAGUUGAGGGGCAAAAUUCUUCAGGAUACAGUCAAAGAAGUGUCUGAGCAUUGCGAUGAGUUGAAAUUAUGUUGGAAGGAAACAGGUUGCUCCAUUAUGUCAGAUGGUUGGACUGAUACAAGGUCAAGAACACUUGUAAAUUUUCUUGUUUAUUGCCCUAAAGGCACAAUGUUCUUGAAAUCUCUUGACUUGUCUGAUGUUCCUAAGACUGCUGAGAUUUUAUUCAAUGUUUUUGAUAAUGUCGUACAAGAAGUUGGACCUACAAACAUUGUACAGUUUAUUACAGAUAAUGCUGCAAAUUAUAGAGCUGCAGGAGAUUUGUUAUUUCAAAAGUAUAGAACAUUUUAUUGGAGUCCAUGUGCCACUCAUUGUGUUAAUCUAAUGCUUCAAGAUCUUAAUGAGAUGCAUGAUAUGAAAUCAGCCAUUGACCAAUGUCAAGAGGUAACAAAAUUUAUCUAUAAUCAUGUAUAUGUAUUGAGUUUGAUGAGAAAAUUUACAAAAGGAGUUGAAUUAAUACGACCUGCACAAACUAGAUUUGCCACAAAUGUAUUGACUGUGCAGAGUGUGGUGAAACAAAGAACUCCUUUGAGACAGAUGUUUGCUAGUGAAGAAUGGGCUGCAUAUCCACAUGCUCAUAAAAGAAAUGCUUCUUUAGUUGUGGAUAUUAUAUUCAAUAACGUAUUUUGAGAAUUAUGUGUGAAGCUAUUGAAGGUUUGUGUUCCAUUAGUUAAGGUUCUCAGGUUGGCUGACAGCGAGGACAGACCUUCCAUAGGGUACUUAUAUGAGGCUAUGGACAAAGCAAAAGAGGCAAUUCGAGACAACUUAAAGGAAAAGAAAAAGUUAUAUAUGCCCAUAUGGAAGAUUAUAGAUAAAAGGUGGAUUGGACAGCUUCAUCAACCUCUUCAUGCAGCAGCUUAUUAUCUAAAUCCUGCAAUUAGAUUUUCUCCUACAUUUAAGAAGGACAGAGAAGUCAUGCAUGGUUUGUUAGAUUGUAUUAAUGUGUUAGUGGAAGAUUCUACAGAACAAGAUGUUGUGCACAAUGAGUUGAAUCUAUAUGAUAGUUGUUUUCGGAACAUGGGACUACCUGCCGCCGUUCGAGCCAGAACAACGAUGCGUCCAGAUUUGUGGUGGAAUAGGUAUGGGUUUGAUUGUCCAAACCUAGCACGUUUUGCAGUCAAAGUCCUCAGCCAGACAUGCAGUGCUAGUAGAUGCGAAAGGAACUGGAGUGUGUUCCAACAUAUCCAUAGCAAAAAAAGGAAUAGGCUCGAACAUAAAAGGUUGAAUGACCUUGUCUUUGUUCGAUAUAAUAUGAGGUUGAAACAAAGAGAAUUAGAAAAAUCAUUAGCAAGGAAACACACAUCUCAGUUCGAUCCUAUCAGCUUGGAAAAUUUUGACGAUCUAGAGCCAUGGAUUGAAGAAGAACCAGCUACAAUAUUUGAUGAUGAAGAUCUUGAAUGCUUCAACCUUGAAGUUGAAGCAACAGAAGGCUUUGUUGAUGAAGGAGAGUCUGCUACUGCUGGUGCUGGUGCUGAAUAUGUUGGUGAAGAUCUUCCAAUUCUUGACGAUGAAGAAGAAGAAGAAGAUGAUGAAGAUUAUGAAUGAUGAAUCAUGAAUGAGAGUCAAGUCAAGAGUGCUUUCAUUUUAUAUGUAUCAAAAACUUAAGAGUUAUGAAUCUAUGGUUGUUGAACACUUGAUUGAAUGUUUUAUCAUUUAUGACUUUAUCACUUUAUGGCUUAUGGCCUUAUGCUUUGUUGAAUGAUAUUGUAUUAUUGUUAUGAAUUUUGAUGUUUAUGAAUGAUGAACACAUAAGUUUAUAGCAAUAAUAAGUCUAUCAUUAUCUCAAACAUGUUUUCUAUGAACAAUUUAUUAUUUUUAAUUUUUUCUGAUUUUUUUAUGAAUUUUCCGAUUUUUUUUAAAUUUUUUCUGAUUUAUUAAUAAUUUUUUUAAAAAAUUUACGAUAUGGUUACGAUACGUUACGAUACGGCGUAUCUUAAAGCCCGACCGAUACGGCUUACGAUACGCGUUUUACAA